AUGGGUAUAUUGGUAAGGGAGGCGAAGAAUGGGAGUUGUGAUAUGGUGGGAUGGUGGCAUUGUGACAUGGUGGGAUUAGGAAUGCUGGAUGGGAAGAAGGUGUUGAGAUUGGAUGCUGGAUGCUGGAUGCUGGGUGGUGGAGUCUUUGACUGGAGUAGGGAGUAG